AUGGAAAACGUCCCGCCUAGGCUACGAUGGUCGUCAAAGGGAAAGUUUUGCUGCGUAUAUGAAUGCCAUAACAAUCAGUGGGACUCCAGCAAUGCAGAAACACCUGUCAUCUUCUACUCCUUUCCCGGCAAGCCGUACGAGAGAGAAAGAAAAGAGCGUUGGGUAACUGCCGUGCGCAGGGCCAAGUGGAGCAAGCGACACAUACAAUCAAUGCAGCUAUUGGCCGAUGUACAGGUUCUUGAUGAAACACAACACAUGGCACUGCCUGAAGCUGAGGACACGAACUCCUCACUGGACAGCACAGACCCUUUAGAAUACACGUGUACUAUGCUUGACUGUGGGACACAAACUGAAGAUGACCAGUCAAUGCCUUUGUGCGGGGCAACCAUCGCAGCCUCAUUUUCAGUUUUCCUAUGCACAAUAACUAGUGAUGGAGCAGCAUCACAAAUCUUGCACAAGACUACAAGAGAUGCAUCUACAUCCCCUGCAGUAAUUGCAACAGUGACCAGUUCAUCCGGGCCAACAGAAAGACAAUGUUGGUUUGCAGGAUACGAAAGUGUGGCAUACAAUUCUGAUGCACUUCAUGGGCUCACAAACGUGUCAGCUGCUGUGUUUGCUCUCCUCCUCAGUGUACUGCAAACUGCAGCAACAGUGCGUGAGGGUGAUAUAAGCCUUCCAAAUAAGUUGCUGCUGUUCCUUAUGAAAUUGAAAUUAGGCAUAUCGUUUGUAUCACUCAGUUUUCUGUUUGGCAUCCAUCCAUCCACAGCAUCUCGAAUAUUCCAGUUUGUACUUUACAAACUAGCAAGUGCAACAAGAGACUGGAUAUUUGUUCCCAGCCGUGCAUCUAUACUGUCUGCAAGUCCACCUUGUUUCAAGCUUCACUAUCCCACGUGUACAUUUAUCUUAGACUGCACUGAGAUCCGAACGGAAACACCUCCAACAGUGCAACAACAACGUGCCCUGUUUUCAGCCUAUAAAAAUGGUUACACAGUAGUUAAAUUCCUUGUUGGUGUUCUCCCAAAUGGGAUGGUUGCAUUCAUUUCAAAGGCAUAUGCUGGACGAGCAACUGACUCAUUCAUUACUGUCAACUCUGGAUUUUUAAAUCAUGUACAGAGAGGAGAUGUUAUUCUUAGUGACAAGGGCUUCCCUGGGAUAAGGACAGACAUGAAAAACCUGGAUGUUGUACUAGUGAUGCCUCCGUUCUCAAGUGGAGGUCAAUUUAGUGAAGAAGAGAUGAGGACCACGUAUAAUAUUGCACAAGUUCGUAUUCACGCGGAGCGAGUCAUACAGAGGAUCAAAAUAUUCAACGUCUUAAACACUCAGGUUCCAGUAAGGCUCCUGCCACACAUCGACAACAUAUUUCACAUGUGUUGUGUGUUAGUAAACUUGCAAAGUCCUAUCAUCAAGGUUCAGUAG